AUGACUUAUCGCAUAUUAGAUCCUAACUUCUUCACCAUCAACACAGUAAACUUAGCCCAAAAACUAUUAGCGGCGGCUUUGUAUAACCGAGGAGGUUGUGCUUAUGUCUACCUUAUUUAUGGCAUGUAUUAUUGUUUCAAUAUCACCUCUUCUCUCAAAGGAGACCCGCAAGCAGUAUUAAUUCGAGCUGUUGAACCACUUGACCACCACACUAUUCCAGUUAGUUCUCAACGCGACCCAAAGAAAAAAUAUCACUACUACACUAAUGGUCCGGGAAAAUUAUGUCGAGCCUUGAAGAUUGAUAUAAGUCUCAACCAUACUGAUUUAACUACCAGCAACUUAAUUUAUUUAGAAGAUCAACCAGAAAUUAGCCAAGCAAAAAUUAUUGCCACCAAACGGGUAAAUAUUGACUAUGCCGGAGAUGACAAAGACCGACUAUGA